ACAUAGAAAGAAGAGCGACAGAGGUAGAGGGGCAGAGAAACGUGCGGAGGAGGAGGGAGCCCAACGCGCCCAGCCUCCCUCGCAGUCGCAGCUUCGAAUUCCGCUCCGCCCCUCGACCUCGGCGCCGCAACCGCAACCCCGCGAGGAGCGUUCACACCGCGGACCCUAGCCUUAUCCGUCCGAGCGCGCGCCCGCCCGAUGCAGACGGAGGCGCGCGUGGGCGUCGUCGUCGACGGCGGCGGCGGCGGCGCAGGCGCAGCCGUGGGCCGUUGCCAGAGGCAGCGCCACAUCAGCACGGCGGGGCACCUUGCCGCUGGAGGGUUCGCGGGCGCCGUCAGCAAGACGUGCACCGCGCCCCUCGCGAGGCUCACCAUCCUCUUCCAGGUAGCUGGUAUGCAUUCAGAUGUUGCGACUGUAAGGAAGUAUAGCAUAUGGCAUGAGGCUUCACGAAUUUUUCGAGAAGAAGGGUUUGGAGCCUUUUGGAAAGGAAAUCUAGUGACAAUUGUACACCGCUUACCUUAUUCUGCCAUCAGCUUCUAUUCAUAUGAGCGCUACAAAAAUCUUCUCCAAACGGUUCCUGUCUUGGAUAGAGACUCAAAUAAUGUGGGUGUUGUACGUUUGCUUGGUGGUGGCUUGGCGGGAAUAACUGCUGCAUCUUUAACUUACCCGUUGGAUGUUGUUCGUACUCGUUUGGCGACACAGAAAACCACUAGGUAUUACAAGGGCAUCUUCCAUGCGGUGUCUACAAUUUGUAGAGACGAGGGUAUCAAAGGAUUGUACAAAGGCAUUGGGGCCACGCUGUUGGGAGUUGGACCUAGUAUAGCAAUCAGCUUUUCUGUCUACGAAUCACUGAGGUCUCAUUGGCAAAUGGAAAGGCCCCAUGAUUCAACUGCAGUUGUUAGCUUGUUUUCUGGGAGUCUAUCUGGUAUUGCAUCAUCGACAGCCACAUUUCCCCUUGAUCUUGUAAAACGGCGGAUGCAACUUCAAGGAGCAGCUGGGACAGCGUCUGUCCAGAAAUCAACCAUAACUGGAACUAUCCGUGAUAUCUUGCAGAAGGAAGGUUUGCGUGGCUUCUACAGAGGUAUUGCACCUGAGUACCUCAAGGUUGUUCCUAGUGUUGGAAUUGCCUUCAUGACAUAUGAGACAUUGAAGAGCUUGCUCUCUAGCAUUGAUACGGAUGAUGAGAGCUGAGGUUUCCCAUUUUACAAAGAGGUUAAACUUCAGUGAAAUUUUGGCCAUAGGUUACUAUCAAAAUGUAAGUGCAUCAGAGUGGUUACACAACUGGCAGUGGCAGUUUUGUAGUUGUUGGUAGGACAAAGCUUACCUGAGGUGUACAAUUAAAUCUUGUGUUGUACCAUAGGCUAAAAAGAGCAAAUGAGCACUUCAUCUUGUGUUCCUCUGUGCAUUAUGCUCCAAUUUUGUGUUAUGAAAUGUAAUGGCCCAUCAAGGAGGGAAAAAAAGGGGGCGAAGAUCAAUGAUUUUACAGGUUUUAGUUUUCCUUUGUAACAAUUGUGUUCGCUGUGCACCAAAGGGAUGUGUGCAUCGACUUCAGUUUGUGUCCAAAAUCCUUUUUAACCUUGCUAGGGUAAACUUAUAGGAAUGCAUCAGAACUUGUAAUUGCGAUUUCCUUCUCAUUUGGAAGUUGGAAUCAACAUGGUGGCCUUCUGGCUGAUGUAUUUCUGCA